UCUCUUUCCCAGCGUGCUUUGUAACGGAGCGGAAGGCGGUUGAAUGCGGCACGUGACCCCGCUUCCCAGAGGCCCUCGAGGAGGAGGCGCCAGUCCGGCGGACUCCACUUCCCGGCGUGCUCCGCGCCCUUCUCCGACUGAGUCGUUUUUCCUCGUCCCUUAAGCGCACGGGAGCCGCCGUCAUGCUGGAGGAGGCCGGCGAGGAGGUGCUGGGCUCGGUGCUGCUGAAGGCCUCGUGCCUGCCGCUCAGCUUCCUGCUGGUGCUGCCCGCCGUCCUGCUCCUGCUGCUGGGCCCGCCGCCGGCCUCGGCCGCCCACGAGUUCACCGUCUACCGCAUGCAGCAGUACGAGCUCGGGGGGCAGCCCUACGGAACCCGGAAUGCUGUGUUAAACACCGAGGCGCGCACCGUAGAGGCAGAUGUGCUAAGCCGCCGCUGUGUGAUGAUGCGGCUGGUGGACUUCUCCUACGAACAGUAUCAGAAAGCGCUUCGCCAGUCAGCCGGCGCGGUGGUGAUCAUCCUGCCGCACAACAUGGCAUCGGUGCCUCAGGAUGUUAUCCGGCAAUUCAUGGAGAUUGAGCCAGAGAUGUUGGCCAUGGAGACCAUCGUCCCCGUCUACUUUGCCAAGGAAGACGACGAGCUUCUCUCCAUCUAUGAGCAGACCCAGACCGCUUCUACGUCGCAAGGCUCAGCUUCGGCUGCUGAAGUCCUUCUGCACACCGCGACGGCCAACGGCUUCCAGAUGGUGACCAGUGGAGCUCAGAGUAAAGCCGUCAACGAUUGGCUCAUCACGAGUAUAGAAGGGCGGCUGACAGGCCUGGGAGGAGAAGACCUGCCUACCAUCGUCCUAGUUGCUCAUUAUGACUCUUUUGGAGUUGCACCGUGGCUGUCCCACGGGGCUGACUCCAAUGGCAGUGGGGUUGCGGUACUCUUAGAACUCGCCCGGUUGUUCUCCCGGCUCUACACAUACAAGAGGACCCACGCCGCGUACAACUUGCUGUUCUUUGCCUCCGGAGGCGGCAAGUUUAACUAUCAGGGAACGAAGCGGUGGCUGGAAGACAACCUGGACCACACAGAUUUCAGUCUGCUGCAGGAUAAUGUGGCGUUUGUCCUCUGCCUGGACACUCUGGGGAGAGGGAGCAGCCUCCACCUACAUGUCUCAAAGCCCCCCAAGGAAGGGACUCUUCAGCACACCUUUCUGAAGGAGCUGGAACAGGUGGUUGCCCACCAUUUCCCAGAGGUGAGGUUCUCCAUGGUGCACAAGAAGAUCAACCUGGCCGAAGACAUGCUGGCCUGGGAGCACGAACGCUUUGCCAUCCGCCGCCUCCCAGCCUUCACGGUCUCCCACCUGGAGAGCCAUCGCGAAGGCCUGCGCAACAGCAUCAUGGACGUCAGGUCAGCUGCUGGGCCACGGGUGAACCUCCGGAUCCUGACCCGCAACACCCGGAUCAUUGUAGAGGCUCUGACGAGGGUGAUCUACAACUUGACAGAGAAGGGUGUGCCUGCUGACCUCCAGAUCUUCACUGAACACAUGAUUCAGCAGGAGCAGAUGGAGUCGGUGAUGGACUGGCUCAGCAGUCAGCCAAGGGCUGCCCAGUUGGUGGACAAAGACAGCACGUUCAUCAACACCCUGGAAUACUACAUGAGCCGCUACCUGAAAGACGUCAAGCAGCAUUACGUGAAGGCAGACAAGCGGGAUCCUGAGUUUGUUUUCUAUGACCAGCUGAAGCAAAUCAUGAAUGCAUAUAGGGUCAAGCCGGCCAUCUUCGACCUCCUGCUGGCUCUCUGCAUAGCAGCCUACCUUGGGGUGGCUUACAUUGCUGUCCAGCAUUUUGGCCUCCUUUAUAAACUGGUCCAAAGGCUCUCUCGGAAGUCCAAACAGCAAUAAAACAACAGCACAGAAAUCUUCUGGUGUCCUUCGUUCCUCCACUGGAUCCUGCUUCUCUCCUUCUUCCUGCUCUCCUCUCCUACACAGGGGCGGGACGCAAAAGCACGAGAUGGUAAACAAACCAACAAAAACAAAAAAAA